AUGCCAACAGAAUUACCUACCACUGAAGGUGAAACAGAGACAUAUACACAACAAUAUACUGCAUCAGAAAUGCCAACAGAAUUACCUACCACUGAAGGUGAAACAGAGACAUAUACACAACAAUAUACAGCAUCAGAAAUGCCAACAGAAUUACCUACCACUGAAGGUGAAACAGAGACAUAUACACAACAAUAUACUGCAUCAGAAAUGCCAACAGAAUUACCUACCACUGAAGUUGAAACAGAGACAUAUACACAACAAUAUACAGCAACAGGAAGCACAAUAGAAUUAUCGAGCACUGAAAUUGAAACAGAGACAUAUGCACAACAGUAUACAGCAACAGGAAGCACAAUAGAAUUGUCGAGCACUGAAGUUGAAACAGAGACAUAUACACAACAGUAUACAGCAACAGAAAGCACAAUAGAAUUAUCGAGCACUGAAGUUGAAACAGAGACAUAUACACAACAGUAUACAGCAACAGAAAGCACAAUAGAAUUGUCGAGCACUGAAGUUGAAACAGAGACAUAUACACAACAGUAUACAGCAACAGAAAAGACAAAAACUGCUGUGUUAAAAUUUGAAAUAACAAAUGCUCUGUAUACGGAGGAAUAUGCUAAUCGGAUUUCUGCUGAAUUUCAAAGUUUAGAGGACACUGUUGUUGAAGAGAUUUCAAACAAAGUAGAAAACGUUCCUGGUUUCAGACGUGUGGAAAUUGUAACAUUCGGUUUCCCAGGUGACUACAUUUUUGGAGUACCAGGAAAUAGAGAACCUGAUAACUCUGAAGCGAAAGAAGUGGUAACAACCGUUAAACUCGUUGUCACCAAUGCUGAGUUUGUGGAAGACCUGAAUAAUCGCCAGUCAGAGUCAUUUAAAACAUUGUCCACAUCAUUAACUGCCGAGGUAGCUCGUCUUUUACAACAUACACCAGACUUCAUCCGUGCAGAAAUUGUGGAGUUCAGACGGGGUUCUGUCAUAGUUGUCAUGAAUCUUGUAUUUGCUGAAAACACCACGGAUGCAUUACAGGAACUAUCAACGCAGAAUCUCAUCAGUAAUCUCGAAGCAGAUGGUCUAGGAAACUAUACAGUUGGAAACAUAACCGUCAUACAAGAUCAAUGUAUUGGUAAUCCAUGUUUCAACAACGGAUACUGUGUGUCUGCAGAUUAUGGAUAUCUAUGCUACUGUCUAGAAGGAUAUAAAGGUCUUCAGUGUGAGCAAGAAUACAGCGAACAUAUUAUUCUAAAGAGUGGAUGUGAAACUCUGGACUUCAAUGAAGAGAGUGUAAUAAUGCAACCGUUUUUUGACUUAUCAACAACCGUCAUCAAUCCCGAAGUAAUAAGUUCCUAUGAAAUAACUGGAGACAACUACGGCGUGUUUUUCAUAAACGAGACAUCCGGCGAGUUAACUACUUCUAUUACACACUUUGAUAGAGAAACACGAGAAGAAUACGAGCUGCGUUGUAAACUGGUCAUGAGCGGGACAGAGUCGCUGAACUUUGAUUUGAAAAUAAUAAUCAUCGACAUCAACGACAAUGAACCACGUUUUCAGAACACUCCAUAUGAGAAUAUACUAAUGGAAUAUUCACCUUUUGGAACUCUUGUCGCAGUAGUUAUCGCAACUGACGAUGACAGUAGUGACAUACUCUCGUACUCGUUUGAUAUCAAUUAUAGCGUUUAUUUACAGAAUAUGUUUUCCAUUGAUUCGAGAAGUGGUGAAGUAACCACUCAAGGUUUAGUCAGCAGGGAUUAUUUUCGUAAAUAUGGCUUACUGGACGGAAAUGACAUUUUGCUGCCGGUAACAGUCAGCGAUGGCAUGUUUUCUGGUCGAACCAACAUCUUAGUACAAAUCGAACCGCUAUUUGUCAAAGGCACAAACGGAACCGAGACAGUCUUUCGUGAGGUACUAGUAAGAGAAGAUGUAAAUAUCGGGACACUAGUUGCAAAUGUUGGAUUGCCUGAUCCCGAGGACCCGGAAACACAGUAUAGUUACCGAAUGAGUGAAGCAGGCAGUGGGAAUUCUAGUUUCCUGAUAAACGAAACAACGAUUAACGUUGAGAUUACAAUAGAAGACAUAAAUGACAAUGAUCCUGUAUUUGCCGAGAAUGCAUACACAUCGUCUGUACGGGAAGAUACUAAUGGGCCCAAUACUCAGAAUGAUCCGGUUGUUGUCAUACCACCAAUUGUUGCUAAGGACGACGAUGCAGGAUCAAAUGCUGAUAUUCGGUAUUUCUUAUCGGGAGAUGGCAGUGAACUUUUCAAGAUUGAUCCCAAGACAGCAGUAAUAACGAAGAAUGCUUUAACAGAUCUAGACUAUGAAAUAACUCAAAUGUAUACCUUGACAGUGACCGCUAAAGACAUGGACGGUAACGCUGGUUUUAGAAUGGACAAUGUGUAUUUAAAUGUAAUGGUCUUGGACAUGAAUGACAAUAUACCUGUUUUCGUUGAAAAUGACACAUCAAUUUCAGUUAGUGAAAACAUUGCUGUAGGUACGGUGAUUGGGUAUGUAAACGCUACGGACGCAGAUGACGGGCAGAAUGGUGAGAUAUAUUAUUUCAUUCAGACGGGAAGUGAAGGGAAAUUCAGACUGAACCCAGACUCUGGAGAACUAUCGAUUCUAUCUGAACUUGACAGAGAAAUUAAGGAAGUAUAUGAACUGCUUGUCGUUGCAAGGGACAAGGGCUACCCGGCAAACGAAGCAAGUGUCACCGUUACAAUUACCUUGCUUGAUGUUAAUGAUAAUUCUCCCGUCUUCAACGAGCGACUUUACGUUGCGAGCAUCUCCGAAAAUGAGCCAAUUGAUAGCUACGUGCUUGACUUAAACGCAACUGACCCAGACAAGGACGACUUCGGUUUGGUGUUUUAUUCUUUAGAAGAAACAAUUGACUUUGCCAUUGAUCUAGAUAGUGGUAUUUUAACUACUAACACCAGCUUUGAUCGAGAGAAAAAGUCUGUAUACAAUAUUCACGUAUUAGCAGCUGAUGGUGGAAUUCCCGGUCGAACGUCUUCCGUAUCUGUUCACAUUUCUAUAUUGGACGUGAAUGAUAACGAACCGAAAUUCGAUUCCGAUCAGUACACCGCGACAAUAUUGAAAACACCUACAGGAAAUAUCAACGAUGGGACAAUUGUGACUGUAGUGUCUGCAAAUGAUGCCGAUGAUGGUGUCAAUGCUCAGAUCACAUACAGUAUCGAGGAUGAAAACUAUAACGACCUAUUUAACGUUGAUGACAAAGGUGUUGUAACUGUAGCAGUUGGUGGUGGUGUAGCUAGUGACGAAAUUCAGUUUAACAUAUCAGCUACUGACGGCGGCUCGUCGACAAAGCGUGCAACGACAACCGUAUUCGUAAAACUAGAAGCGCCUUCAACAACAUUAAUAUUCAAUGAAACAAUUUACAGAUUCGCCGUUAAUGAAAAUGAGUACGAUAUCACUAUUGGCAAAGUCGAAGCGUUUAACCCGGAUGAUACAUUGAUAACCUAUGUAAUGCCCUUUGCGAUUGGCGGUAUUCAUGUGAACUCAACGACAGGUGAACUAACCAUUGAUGCACCAUUUGACAGGGAAUCAAAGCCAGUCGUCAUCUUCAAUAUUAUUGCACAAGGCGAUGGGAAUUUUGCAUUUACAACGAUCGAGGUCACAUUUAUUGAUGUAAAUGACGAGAAGCCAGUGUUCAUCUUUCCGCCAAACUCUCCAUUCUACUUUGAUUCUGGUUUCCAAGAAAACGCCAUCAUUCCUGUGUUAUUGAAGGUUGUUACGCUAGACGCUGAUGAGGGAGUUAAUGCCGAUCGCGUGUACACUCUUGUUGACGGUGACGAUGAUAAGAUAGAAAGUGUCAUUGCUGUGACGGACAGUGGUGUACCUCCACUUAAUGCUACGACUACUAUCGUCAUUCCUGUUACCGACGAGAACGACAAUGCACCGACUAUUUCUGCUGCCCAGACAUCACUCACUGUACAAGAACACACACCUAAUGGAACAGAAGUGGCGUAUGUUAUGGCGGAAGACAAAGACAUAGGUGACAAUGCCAUGGUGACAUUUACGUUAGAGGGCGAUGGUGGAAUGUUUACAAUUGACGAAACGUCAGGAUCAAUUCAGAUAUCAAACGACCUUGACCGUGAACAAGUUGAUCGGUAUACCCUUACUGUUGUUGCAACAAACGGAGGAACAAUCGCUAAGUCAUCGGAGCCAUUAACAUUUAGCGUUCUCAUUGGGGACAUUAACGACAAUAAGCCAGAGUUCUUGACCGAUCUGUCAUAUCCAGUCGUGCUACCGAAGGAUACGGCAGUCGGUAGUAUGGUGCUGCAAGUACAGGCUAUUGAUAUGGAUUUGGGGAGCAACGGUUACAUAACGUACGAUCUAAUAGGUGGCGGUAAUUGUAGUCAGGAUAUGUUUACUAUGAAUUCAACAAAUGGAAAUAUUGAAACUUCGCGUCUAUUAUACAGCGAGGUACAAGGUAUUUGCGUCAUUGACAUCCGUGCCAUGGACGGUGGUGUAUAUCCAUUAAGCAGCAUUAUAUCGAUUGAAAUAGACAUUAUUGAGGUCAAUCACCCACCCAUAUUUCACUUUGAUAUGUAUAAUGGAAUCGUGUCUGAGGCAGCAAACAUUGGUACCAUUGUAACCAUGAAUCCAAGGAGAGUUAAGGCAGAGGAGAAAUCGGACCAGGGUCCAAAUGCUGAAAUAGUUUAUGAGAUACUGGAUGGAGGCGACGGUUUGUUUGAAAUCGAUCCAGUGGAUGGAGAUAUCAAAGUUGCGAGUAAACUUGAUAGAGAAUCUGUUGAAAUGGUAGUGAUUAUAAUCGUCGCACAUGACCUUACACCUGACCCCAAAUCCGCUACUACUAAUGUAACAAUCACUAUGACAGACGUCAAUGACAAUCCCCCAAUGCUUCCACGAGAGGCCAGUAUCAUUCUACCGCAGACGACUGAUCCAGGCUACGUUGUGGCACAGAUCAAAGCCAAUGACUCUGAUACAGGAGUGAACACUGAGAGUUAUUAUUCUUUCGCAAACGCACAAAUAAAUGGUAUUGGUAAGGUUGAUCCAAAUGAUUAUUUUGAUAUCGACGAUGAUGGAAAUGUUACAACAAAGGAGUUACUGUACGAUGCGAAUAGAACAUCUACUCUUACUAUUGACUUGGUUGUAGUGGCCCGGAAUAAACAAAGUUUAGUAUCGACAGGAAAUCAAAGGGAGUUAGCAUCAACCUGGAUAACAAUCGUGUUCAUUUAUGAAUAUACACCUUCUUGUGCUAAAGAUGAAUACAGCGUACUUAUAAGUGAGAACGCAACAAUAGGUGAUUAUUUGGACGUGUUCCUCGGCCCAGAGAACAAUAGUUCAAGACCAUUACCAGAACUCGUAUAUACGAUUACUGGCAGUGUACGGAUGAGUAUAUAUUCAUUGUUAAGUUUGUCAAUACUUGUGCAGUGA